UACAUCUAUCUAUUUCUUUCUCUCUCCACAAAUGGCUUUCCUUUUUUUGUGCAGAGGGGCUUUUAAAGGUUUAGUAAAUUUUCCGUCUGGGAUUUCUGUUCUUUGAGUUCUUCAAAGCACAGAAACGAAAUAAUUCAAAGAAGCUCAGAAAGCAAAGAGCUUUUCUAGUUGUCUUCUCCUUCUUUAAGUUUCUUACUUAUAGAUUUUUGAAGCCGGCCUUCUUUCUCUCUGAGAUUUACUUUCAGUUUUUGUCCUCUUCUUUCAGGUAAUUUGAGUUGCAAGUUAUCUUCUCUUGUUAUUCUGUCAGAAGCUAUGAGGAUGUCCAAGCAAAUAUCUGUAUGUUAAAGAGCAUAGUUGGAUCAAUAUGGCUAAUGCUUGAGAAAUUGUAGUUUGAGACUCUAGCCCGGCAUAUAACACUUUGGUUUUAUAUUGGAAGAAAUGGAGCGGAAGGAAGGUGAGAGUUGGAAAGAAUUAGUCAGAAAGAUGCUUCCACCAGGUGCCUCUCUCCCUGAAGAUUCAUCAGAGCUUGAUUACUCUAUAGCAAUGGAGUAUAAGGGUCCUCCAGUUGCCUAUGAAGUACCCAGAGUUGAGCCUCUUGAUGUAAAUUCACGUGCUAUCCCUACUGCUGAACCACUAUCGGAGUCUCAAAGGUCAGUUGCUAAUGCUGGUCCCCCAGUGAUUGAACCGAUCCUCUUACCAGUGUCUUAUAUUGCUGGUGUCACAAGUCCGCCUACUCAGAGUCCAAGGGUUUCAGCAAGCUCUGAGUCUGUUGUGUCUGUGUUGCAGAACCCUGAUUUUUCUUCAGCUUCUCCUUCAGCUUCUCCUGGUUCAGUUCGCAAUCCUCAGAGUAAUCCUCCCAAACAAGUUAAUGAAGUGAAGAGAGUGCCAGUUGUAACAUUUAAUACAGUUGAAAGGUCAGAGAGGAAAGAGGUGGAUUUGGAGAAGCCAGUUUUUCCUGAAUAUGUUGGGGUUUCAAAAGAAAAGAAGAAGAAAAGAAGAGUUUGUUAUCGUUGUGGUAAGAGAAAAUGGGAAACCAAGGAAUCAUGCCUGGUUUGUGACGCUAAGUAUUGCAGCAAUUGUGUGCUUAGGGCAAUGGGCUCAAUGCCUGAAGGACGGAAAUGUGUGACAUGCAUUCGCCAGCCAAUUGAUGAAUCAAAGCGGUUCAGACUCGGUAAACAUUCCAGGCUCUUGUCCCGAUUACUCAGUCCUUUGGAGGUAAAACAGAUCAUGAAAGCGGAGAAAGAAUGUUCUGCUAAUCAGCUCCGACCAGAGCAGCUAAUUGUGAAUGGAUUUCCAUUAAAGCCAGAAGAGAUGGCAGAAUUACUUGGAUGCCCUUUACCUCCUAGGAAGUUGAAGCCUGGCAGAUAUUGGUAUGACAAGGAAUCUGGUCUCUGGGGAAAGGAAGGAGAAAAACCAGAUAGGAUUAUUAGUUCAAACUUAAAUUUCACUGGGAAGCUUAUGCCUGAUGCGAGCAAUGGCAAUACUGAAGUCUAUAUGAAUGGCCGGGAAAUUACGAAACUUGAAUUGAGGGUGCUAAAGUUGGCAAAUGUGCAGUGUCCACGUGACACUCAUUUUUGGGUCUAUGAUGAUGGGCGGUAUGAGGAAGAAGGUCAAAAUAACAUUAGAGGAAACAUCUGGGAGAAGGCAUCAACUCGUUUUGUCUGUACCUUGUUCUCUUUGCCUGUGCCCCAUGGUCAACCUCAAGGACUAAGAGAGGAGGCUAGCAAUUAUACUACUGUUCCAAAUUACCUUGAGCAGAAAAAAAUCCAGAAGCUUCUUCUACUUGGGCUUCAGGGCUCUGGAACCAGCACCAUAUUCAAACAGGCAAAAUUUUUGUAUGGAAAUGGGUUUUCUGCAGAUGAACUGCAGGAUAUCAAGUUGAUGAUCCAGAGCAAUAUGUACAGAUAUCUUAGCAUAUUACUGGAUGGGCGGGAGCGGUUUGAGGAGGAAGCUAUGUGUCGAAUACGGGAACUAGGUUCUGAUAAUCAGCACUGUGAAGCAAAUGGAGAGGUCGACUCUGGUGAAAUUAACCACUGUGUCUAUUCUAUCAACCCAAGGCUAAAGCAUUUUUCUGACUGGCUGCUGGACAUUAUAGCCACUGGGGAUUUGGAUGCAUUUUUCCCUGCAGCAACACGUGAGUAUGCUCCAUUAGUUGAGGAGUUGUGGAAAGAUCCUGCUAUACAGCAAACAUAUAAAAGAAAAGAUGAGCUUCACUUUCUUCCAGAUGUUGCAGAGUAUUUCUUAAGCAGGGCUGUUGAGGUGUCAAGCAAUGAAUAUGAACCUGCUGAUCGUGACAUUCUUUAUGCUGAAGGGGUCACCCAAGGGAAUGGUUUGGCUUUCAUAGAGUUUUCACUCGAUGAUCGUAGUCCAAUGUCCGAAACUUACACAGACAAUUUGGAAGCUCCCUCCCAGCCCUUGACCAAGUAUCAACUUAUAAGGGUAAAUGCAAAGGGGAUGAAUGAGGGGUGCAAGUGGGUGGAAAUGUUCGAAGAUGUCCGCGUGGUAGUCUUCUGUGUGGCACUUAGUGAUUAUGAUCAGAUGUGGAUAGCUCCAGAGAGUAGUGGCAGUGGAGCACUACUUCAAAAUAAGAUGAUGCAGACCAAAGAGCUAUUUGAAACAAUGAUAAGGCACCCUUGCUUCAAGGAGACCCCUUUUGUGUUGAUACUAAACAAGUAUGAUCUCUUUGAGGACAAAGUGAAUCGGGUGCCCUUAAGCACUUGCGAGUGGUUCAAUGAUUUCAGUCCAGUAAGGCCUCUCCACAACCAUCAGUCCCUGGCUCAGCAGGCUUACUUCUACAUUGCAGUGAAGUUCAAGGAUCUUUAUGCUUCCCUUACCGGACAGAAACUUUUUGUGUGGCAAGCUAGGGCAAGGGACCACCGGGUGACCAUCGAUGAAGCAUUUAAGUAUAUACGGGAGGUUCUCAAGUGGGAAGAGGAGAAAGAUGAAAACUACUAUGGAGGAGAAGACUCAUUUUACAGCACAGACAUCAGCUCCUCGCCAUUCGUGAGGCAAGAAUGAUGUUGCAUGUGGAAUUUAUUUGUAUUUUUCCAUAUAUAAAGUAAGUUGAAGAAGCCACAAGCGCUUGCCUCUAUGCUCUAUCUAAUAAGGAUAGCGGUUUGUAAUAUUUUUUUCUACAAUAUCAAUUUAAUGAUAUCGGCGAAGGUGUUUCAGGUUGAUUCUUUUUCA